AUGGCCACUGAGAAGGACGCUGGCCUCGAAGAAGUCAGUAACCAUCACAUGCCACAGAGGAGCACUACCCAGGACCAUAUCUCGGGCUUGGCCGAGAAGUUUACAGACGGGCAGGCGGCUAUCGACGACGACCAGAUAGAGGAGAUCGCCUUGUACUUGGGAAUGUCGGUGGUCCAAGUGAAGGCGGACUUGACGGAAGUGAGCGAAUCACUGCCAGGUGACACCUCUCCAGAGUUCAUCGUCAGCACUGUACUGAAACGCCUGAUGGUGACAGGGAGCUCAGAAGCUGAUAUUCAAGAGAAGCGAGAGGGUAUCCUGGCUAGGGCCAAGGAGGAUCUGGAGGCCAGUCGCACACAGUCGGUUGGGCCUGCCAGCAGCCAGACGACUCCGAGUAGCAUGGGUGUGCCGGCCGCUCACAGUGGUCGCCGGUCGAUCAUGGCGGCUGAGAACGUGACUGGCGCGGUGGCACAGACGACUGAUGCUGUCAUCGAUGGUUUUGCUAUGGUACUCGGUGGUCCGAACGCUAACCUGCCUCGGGCUAGCAUCGAUGGUAAUCGACAAGAAAGACGCCAUAAAAGAUUCAACAUCAUCACUUCUUUACUCGACAGCUUCUGCUACCACGUCAUCGAUCCCGCUCUGGAAGUUAACCCGGUGUCUAAGGAAUUCACAUUGACACUACAGUUCUUGCUGUCCCAUACUGCUAUAUGGGUUGCCAUCGCACUGUUCGCUCAGAGCUUGGUUUACAACGCCUCCAUACUGUCUGUGGUCCCUCUAGGUAUCAUGCUUUGUUGGCUCGUCCCUUCGAGUUACCCUUUUCUCAGCCGUACACCGUGGAUCGUUAUUGCUCUUUGUAGCAUGGUCAGCUUCGUGUUAAAGCUGCUCAUGCAAAUGCCCCAUGUAUGCGAUUCCGACUCUUACGUCCCAUCGAUUGUGGAGAGUCGCUGGGAAUGCCCCCCUACCUAUGGCGUUUUGACCCCCCUGGCCCGUCUGGGCCUGGUAAAGAUCUCAGACUAUAAGGUUGCCACCUUGCUAAGUUAUUUUGGAUGGGACAUCGGCAUUGUGCUUCUCGUGGGCCUCCAUCUUAUCCACAAACGCCUUUCUGGUCGCGGCACUGGCAUGACACCGUGGCAAGCGAAGAGGAUACUGUGCAGGCUGGAGGAAGUCGAUGGGCGGCCAGAGAGCAGCGAGGCGGAAUCUGAGGUUGGUGCUACCCACACUGUGACACUAAGGAGACCUUCAUUGGAUCUGUUCAUCCCUCGCUUCGCCUUCAGUCUGGUUGUGAUCUUCCUUAUCAUAUUUGAUUGGUCGGCCAUCUCCUCAGCCUCUACUACUAAGGUCGAGGCUGGCUUUGCGGAGAGCGUCAAAAACAACAGGUUCUCCACAGUGCAAGUUCUAGCUAUAGUUGGUCUUAUCAUCCGAGUACUGAUCGACCGAUACAUCUACUCGCGGCUGUCGACUUCAGUGGAUGGUUACAGCUGCGGUCGUCAUGUGACCACCGAGAAGCUCAUAUUUACCAUUGAGACUUGUGAUACCUUUCACGUGCUAUUUGGUCCUUACUGGGAUGCAGCUGCACUUUGCCAUAAGGGUUUCGCACCCUGGAUUGGUAUGGCUGGGGUCAAUACCACCGACCAGGGAUCCUAG